CCACUCACAAGGACAUUGGGGAAGAUACAAUUGAUGCAGAUGACCAGGUUGACCAGUCAUCAGAUAAUGCCUCUCAAAAUACUCAAAAUAUGGAAAUAAAGGACGAGCAAAAAUCCACUCAAACUUCAAAGUAAGGUUAAAAAGAAGGAACGCAUAAACCUGACUCUAGCAUACAGAAUGACCAAACAGCUAUGCCAGAUACUCAGCUGCGGCAACUCAAAGAUCAGAUCAUCAGGGCAAAGGUUUAUCUAUCCCUCCCAGCCACAAGAAACAAUCCUUACUUUACAAGGGAGUCUCGGGGGUGGAUGAAGGAAGUUUAGCGAGUACUUAAGGGAUGUGAGAAAAGAUUCUAAACUGCCAAGGAAGUAAUCUCCUCUUUUAACAUAUUAAUAUGCCAACAACCAAAUUUUUUCGAAAUUUUCCUUAAAGUAUCGAUCUGUUAUUAGGUUCUCCUUUGGCUUGCUAUUUUUUAAAUUCUCCCAUCUUUCUCUGCCUUAAAUUGUUUGUAUGGUUUAUUUUUAUGCAGUGCCUAUGACAAAUUGAAGGCAAUGGAACAAACAUUGGCCAAAGGAAAGCAGCUUCAAGAUGACUAUGCUUCUGUGGUGAAGAAGCUGAGGGCUAUGCAGCCUAUGCUCCACUCAACCGAAGAGCAGCUCCGAGUGCACAAAAAGCUGACUAUAUUCUUGAUUCAAUUGACAGCAAAAACGAUUCCUAAAGGUCUGCAUUGUCUUCCAUUGCACCUUACAAUUGAGUAUUAUACCUUGAAUUCUUCUCAACAUGACUUUCCAAAUCAAGAGAAGUUAGAAGACCCUCAGUUGUACCAUUAUGCAUUAUUCUCUGAUAAGGAAUCCUGGGAGGACCCUUCGAAGCAUGUUUUCCAUAUUGUUACUGAUAGGCUAAAUUAUGCAGCAAUGAGGAUGUGGUUUUUGGUAAAUCCACCAGGCAAAGCUUCUAUCCUGGUUCAGAACAUUGAAGAAUUUCUAAAUGCAAGUUAUAGUCCAGUUCUCAAGCAGUUGGGUUCGCAGUCCAUGAUAGACUAUAACUUUAGAGCUCAUCGAGCCAAUUCUAAUUCAAAUUUGAAGUACCGGAACCCAAAAUACUUGUCUAUCCUAAAUCAUCUUCAAUUUUAUUUGCCAGAGAUCUUCCCAAAGCUCAACAAAGUGUUGUUCUUGGAUGAUGAUAUCAUUGUAAAGAAGGAUCUCACUGCCCUUCGGUCCCUUGAUUCGAAGGGGAAUGUUAAUGGUGCUGUUGAGACUUGUGGAGAGAGCUUCCAUCAUUUUGAUCGAUUGCGCAUCAGCCUUGCAUAUAUGUCCUAGACACUCCAGGUGUAUUGGUUCCAAGUAUCCCUGACAUUGAGACAGGACUGAAGCUAGCUCUUGUAGGAAUCAUCCUCUUGCAAAUAAUUUCUCCUAACUUUUAGUUUAAGAUAUGCUAAACUAUGCUUGAUUGUUGUAAACGGACAAAAAUAAGUGCCACCUCUCUCUAACCACUAUUAAGAGAAGCCAUAUCCCUACUCAACUGGAGUUGAUUUGGUUGCAACAAACUAACUGGAUCAGCUUAAGUAAUGUUGGUUGAGGCCUAAAAGUUAUAUGCUUGAAGUUGUGUUGGUUUAAUCCUCUUGUUGACCUCCAACCAACAUAGGUUGCCCAAACUACAACUAGUAAAAUUUUCAACCUUGGCGUCUUAAAUUUUAUCAUUAUUUUUUCUUUUACUAUUGCUCAUAUGUGGUUUUUUUUGG